ACUAGGUAUGUCGUGACUAUUUUUAGGGGGCAAAAGUCCCUUGUUUUUCUACCUUUGUUGCAAGUUUGAUUGGUGUUAUGUUCUCGUCCAUUGUUUGGACUAAGCAACUGAUGUAGUUGCGUUAGCAGAAUGCUCUUGGUGACGGCAAUUUGUUUUAGUUUCGUGAUAAAAAUGUGCUCUUCUGCAAGCAGUCCCGAACAUUUUGACGAAGUGUUUGCUUGCGUUGAGAAAGAUUCAAAAGAAAAUGCCACCACUGUCACAUGGACAAUUGCUUUGUACCUCCAGAUGAACAAUAAAAAUGUAUACUGCGAUCUUGUGUACCGUCAAAACCAGUCAUUGUCUAGUGCGAGUCUGAUGUAUCAAGCCCCCUCCGGAAACUUAAAUCUACCUGGAUUACAGAUGGCUGCUCAGUAUAUUAUCCAAAUGAUCUGUUUUGCUAAGGCUCCAAACGGAUCGAGAAGCACCCACAAGUCCAGUGAGGUUUCCUUUAUAGCAGGGCCAAGUAUUAGUAAAGUGUGCUCCCAGAGUAGUCCACCAUAUUAUCCAAGUAAUGGACAAAUGUUACUCUGUAACCAGGCAACGCUUGGGGAUAACAACAACAGUGUGCAGUGGUGGAGCUUCCGUCCCUCUUUGCCGCAGAUGAGCUGCGUUUUGUUUUACACGUCAAAUGCCAUGACGACACAGCAUCGAACAGAGACAUUCCGGGAAGGGAACCUGCCCAUGAGUGGUUCCUUACUAUUCAAGGGUGACAUUCUGGAUCUGGUGGUAGAGUGUAGCGAUGGCAAUAAUAACAUUCAGUCUGCAGGAAUUGUCAGAAAGACAGAAGAUUCAAUGCAAAGGCGCUGCUCCUCCUCAUCAGCGGCAGUCGUCGAUCGAACCCUUCCAGUAACAUCCAAGAUGCUUCCUACAGAGCCGACCCGGUACAAGGGCCUCCAUGUCAGCAGUGUAGGGCAGGGGCUUGUGCUGGCCUUCAGCAUCGUCUUUGUUUCCUUCGCUAUGUCUGUGCUGGCGUACAAACGCUACAAAAGCUACUUGAGGAGGAGAUCUCAGAGAUUGUUGAGGAUAGAGACAGACGAAGAAGUGGCUGCAAUGCAUGAUUUCCAGAGAAUGGUCUGAAGGAAGGUACUGAACAUCACCACCAGGCAAACAGUAUACACCUCAUUCUGAAAUUGAGUGUCUUUUUAAUUAGUGUUUUACAAAAUCUGUGCUUUGAAGUAGACGUUCGGACGAUGUGAAGGACACAUGCUGUGUGUUCCAACGACACAAACGAUGAUUGUAGAGUUGUAGCUUCUCCGAUUUAUCCACCAAUUGAAUGAGCUCUCAAUUGAUUGGAUUCAGUGUCGGAUGAGAACAAGCCACUCUUGCGGCAAUUACAUCAAAGACUUGUUACAUAGCUACGUGCAACAUUUCAAAUUUGGAUGAAGUUCGAUGAAAGAGUGAGUAGGAGUUACCGAAGGAUAUUUUUUGAGAGUGAUCUUUCAACUUGUGUACCUGUCGGCUUGUACCUUAAGAAUCUGCCUGUUGAAAGAAACGGAGGAUAGGUUGCAGAACUGUUGAUGUCUUUAAAGGAAAGCUUUCUUUAUCACUGAUAGUGUGUAUUUGUAAUGGAACCAUAUAGGCUGCUUCAUACAUCCUGCGAGUGCGAAUGCAAUUCAAAUUUUGACGUCACAAAUUGGCAAGGAAUAAUUGGCAACAGUUGACUUGUGCUCAACUCUUGUAAAACAUU